ACUUCUACUCUCCCACCAACCGUAUGUAAGGUAUAUUAUUGUUCAGGUAUCUCUGUAACGCUGUAGCCUACCAAAGUUUCUGACAUUCUUCCAACGAAUUUCCAUUCCUUGUUUCUCUCUCUAGAAAUUCUGUCACAGCAAUUAUAUUGUAUUUACGGACCAUAUUGCCCUCGCUUUUUCUCCAAAACUCCUAGCGAGUCACUUUCCUCUUAACAAAGAUGGAUCUUCCGAUUGUCUAGCACAACUGCAGAAGCAGUCAAUAUUCAUUGAAGUUACUUCACUCCGAUUCCUAGCACCUGCGUACAUGAUAGUACAGUACAUGUAUCCUUAGAGAGAGAGAGAGAGAGAGUUUGGAGUGAGUAGGAAUGGAUUUGGCAGAGGGAGUUGGGGAGAGCUCUUCGCCGCCGAGGAGUAUCGGCAGCUCCGGCGGUGGUGGAGGCGGAGCGUACGACAUACGGAACGAUGUGUACAACAAGUUGCUGGAGAGCGGCAAUGAGGAGGUGGUUAACAAUCCGGAGCUGUUCCGGGAGCAGUUGGAAGCUCACUUCAAUAGCUUGCCUUCUAGUUACGGACUGGAUAUAAAUAUGGAUAGAGUGGAAGAUGUGCUGCUGCACCAGAAGAUCCUCGCAAGGGCAAAGGAUCCUGAUGUGAGGCCUGUUUAUCACGUCCGAUUUCUGGAGCUGAAUGUUUGGACUAGAGUUGAUGAUACUGCUGACCAACAAAUUUCAAAUCUUGCUUCCACUUCAAAGCUGCAUUGCGAGAUAGAUAACGAAGGGAUUGUUCCUUCUCAUAGCAGGAAGAAUUUCAAUUGCAUGGAGAGUGGAAAUCCUGCAGAAGAUUUUAGCAAAAGGCCAGAGAUGUCAUUUAUUCCAGUCCAUGAAGUAAUAUUUUCAACCUUAGACAAGCCAAAGCUUCUUAGUCAGCUUUCUGCUUUGCUCUCUGACAUUGGACUUAACAUCCGUGAGGCUCAUGUUUUCUCCACGAAUGAUGGCUACUCAUUAUCUGUAUUUGUGGUGGAUGGAUGGCAUGUUGAGGAUACAAAGGAAUUGCUUGAAGCAUUGGAAAAGGCUAUUAAUAGAAGGAAGGGCUCAUUGUCUGUACCUUCCUGCUCUCAAUCAUCUGUUGAGAAAGCUAUUUGUCCUAAAGCAAAAUCUGGAGACUGGGAAAUCGAUAGAAGAUUGCUGAAGAUAGGGGAAAAGAUAGCAUCUGGAUCUUGUGGUGAUUUGUAUCAUGGCAUAUAUCAUGGUCUUGAUGUUGCAGUGAAGGUUCUUAGAUCUGAGCAUUUAAAUGGGAAUUUGGAGAAUGAGUUUGCUCAAGAAGUUGCUAUUUUAAGACAGGUGCUACAUAAAAAUGUUGUCCGUUUCAUUGGUGCCUGCUCAAAGUCACCUCACCUGUGCAUUGUCACAGAGUACAUGCCUGGUGGAAGCUUGUAUGAUUACUUGCAUAGGAACCAUAUUGUUUUGAAGCUCUCACAACUAUUGAGGUUCACAAUUGAUAUCUGCAAAGGAAUGGAGUACCUGCAUCAAAAUAAUAUAAUUCAUAGAGACCUCAAGACAGCAAAUUUGCUUAUGGAUGCACAAAAGGUUGUGAAAGUGGCAGAUUUUGGUGUUGCUCGGUUCCUAAAUAAGGGGGGUGUUAUGACAGCUGAGACUGGAACAUAUAGAUGGAUGGCUCCUGAGGUCAUAAAUCAUCAGCCAUAUGAUCAGAAAGCAGAUGUCUUCAGCUUUGCAAUUGUUCUUUGGGAGCUUGUAACAGCCAAGGUUCCAUAUGACAGUAUGACUCCUCUACAAGCUGCCCUUGGGGUGAGACAGGGUCUUCGACCAGAACUUCCUAAUAAUGCACACCCAAAGCUGCUUGAGAUGAUGCAGAGGUGUUGGGAAGCAGUUCCUGGCAACCGGCCAUCGUUCUCUGAGAUAAGAGCAGAACUUGAGGAACUUGUACAUGAAGUUGAUAUAAAAGAGGAUGACACAGAAGCACCAAAUGGAAGCUGAAUACACUCGAUUGAGAUUCCACUAACUUUAUAUUUUGACAGAUUUGACCAGUGAAAGUUUGUUCUUUGAAUGUGUGAAAGUAUUUUUAUUUUUUUUCUGAAUUUUGAAAGGCCAAGGUGAAGGUGAAUUCUAACAUCACGAGCGAGAGAACAAUCAAUGAAGGCAUUGCGAGGUGUUUUUGUUUUACUGUAGCACUGCAACUGCUUCUGUGUGUUGAAAACUGUACUGUUUGUAAAUUGUAAAUAAAUAUCUGUGUUAAUUUAACUUUAAAAUCCCCCAUUUUUACCUGAUAUCGAAGUUUGGUCUGUA